GGGGGAGGAGGGGCGGGGGUCGUUGUUUUGUGUCUUCCGAUUCCCUGGAAGGGAAAGGCGGGCCAUCGAGCGAGGGCUUUGGGAACGAGGGGGAGGCAAAGGCGAGACCCGGCGAAUUGGUGGCGUAUCUCGGUGGGGGUGCGUGGGAGAGAGAGAAGCGUGUUUACCCGAGGAGGGCUUCCGAAGUUUCAACUCGUCUUGGAAAGUCACGUCGAGCUUCUCUUCUCGACUUUGCGAGACGGGGCUCUUUCCCAACCAGCGGCGGAAAGCAGAAGAGGCGUUUCUCCUAGGAAUCUCUUCGGGUUGGUAUUUGAGUCUCCGGUGCCUUUUCGCUUGGCCGGGAGCCUUGUGCCCUGGAUGAAUUGCCCGCCCCGCCGCUUCAGCUCUGUGGCCAUUUGCUUCCAGCCCGCCCAACGGCAGAUACAAAUCCUUCUGCUAUCUUGGUUGGCCAGACAGGGCCGUUUCCUUCCACGGCGGGGCUUUUGCUCCCGGUUCACUGAGGCACUUGUUGCAGCUCCUCGCUGGGCUUUGGAAGGGCUUGAGGAGAUUUCCUUUCCUCCUCCCCAAAAAUAACGGCCGGCGUUCAGCUGAACACCCAUUUCACCAGCCCCCUCAGGGCACAACUGGGGCAGGGCCUCUCUCUGCUUCUUUCCCCCCCUCCCCCCUGCUUCUGGACCAGAAGGAGAAGGGUUAUCAGAAGCACUUCUGGCCCACCUAACCUAAUCUAUGAUCAGCUCCGUGUGUGUCUCAUCUUACCGUGGGCGCAAAUCAGGGAACAAGCCACCCUCCAAAACAUGCCUGAAGGAAGAGAUGGGCAAAGGAGAAGAGUCCGACAAGAUCACGAUCAACGUGGGCGGCACCCGGCAUGAAACCUAUAAGAGCACUUUGCGCACCCUGCCUGGGACCCGCCUGGCCUGGCUGGCAGAUCCCGAUGCCCAGAGCAAUUUUGACUUUGAUGGGAAAAGCAAUGAGUUUUUCUUUGACCGCCACCCAGGCAUUUUCUCUUAUGUCUUGAACUACUACCGCACGGGCAAACUACACUGCCCGGCGGACAUCUGUGGGCCCCUCUUUGAAGAGGAGCUGACCUACUGGGGCAUUGAUGAGACUGAUGUGGAGCCUUGCUGCUGGAUGACUUAUCGGCAGCACCGGGAUGCGGAGGAAGCCCUAGAUAUCUUCGAGAGCCCCGAACCUGGCAGCGGGCUGGCUGGGGAAGAGACUGAAGAUGAAGGGGCCCGGGAGAUGACCCUUCAACACCUGGGCAUGGAGGAUAGGCCUCCUGGGGCCUCAGGAGGAGGAGGAAGUGGCUGUUGCCGGAACUGGCAGCCUAAGAUGUGGGCACUUUUUGAGGAUCCCUAUUCAUCAAAGGCGGCCCGGAUCAUUGCUUUUGCUUCACUUUUUUUUAUUCUGGUAUCCAUUACAACUUUUUGUCUGGAGACACAUGAAGCCUUCAUCAUAGAUACUAAUGUGACUGAGACCCUAGUAGUGGGCAACACGACUGAGAUUGUUGUGAUGAAAAAGAUGGAGACAGAGCCUAUUCUCACCUGUAUUGAAGGAGUUUGUGUGCUGUGGUUCACUUUGGAGUUUCUGGUGCGCAUUGUUUGCUGCCCGGAUAAAUUGAUCUUCAUUAAGAACCUUCUUAACAUCAUUGACUUUGUAGCCAUUCUACCCUUCUAUUUAGAGGUGGGACUCAGUGGCCUAUCAUCCAAAGCUGCGCGUGAUGUGCUGGGCUUCCUGAGGGUAGUUCGUUUUGUCAGAAUCCUCCGGAUCUUCAAGCUGACCCGCCAUUUUGUGGGACUUCGGGUGUUGGGCCAUACACUCCGGGCCAGUACCAAUGAAUUCCUUCUUCUCAUCAUCUUCCUGGCUCUAGGAGUUUUGAUUUUUGCUACCAUGAUCUAUUAUGCCGAAAGGAUUGGUGCCAAGCCAUCUGAUCCUAGUGGUAGUGACCAUACCCACUUUAAGAAUAUUCCCAUUGGAUUUUGGUGGGCAGUGGUAACCAUGACAACUUUGGGUUAUGGAGACAUGUAUCCCAAAACCUGGUCAGGUAUGUUGGUGGGAGCUCUUUGUGCCCUGGCUGGUGUUCUUACCAUUGCUAUGCCUGUUCCAGUCAUUGUCAACAAUUUUGGAAUGUAUUACUCAUUGGCUAUGGCGAAGCAAAAGCUCCCAAAGAAGAAAAAGAAGCACAUACCCCGUCCAGCACCACUUGACUCUCCAACAUUUUGCAAAUCGGAGGACAACUCACCUCACAACAGUAUUCAGAGUUACAACAGUCCUUUAGCGGCAGCAACAGCAGCUGGGGUGAUGGAAAGGAAAAGAUCAGACACCAAACAGAAUGGAGAUGCCAAUGUGGUUCUGUCAGAUGAAGAUCAACCUCUUUCGUCACCCCAAGAGGAGAAGCAUCUCAUGAGGGGCUCGAGUACCAGGGACAAAAACAAGAAAGCAGCAACCUGUUUUCUCCUGAGCACUGGAGAUUUUUCUUGUGCUGCUGAUGGCAGCAUCCGGAAAGGACUCUUGAAUCCUCAGUGACUGUCACUAGAAGCUGGGAUUGGCUCGAGAAAUUUUCCUGUUAAAAAUGUAUACAAGGAGAAUGUAAGCUGGAAGGACCCAUCUGUUUGCUGUAAUCCUGCUUGCUGUGUAUUCAAUAUAUAAAAAUGUAUCUGAGACAUCCAGGGUUACUCCAUACUAUCAAUGUCGAGAUGGGCUGUCAACCAGUACAAGCAUUUGAACUGUUUCACAAUCAGCGUUUUAUUGUGUGGACCAACUUGUUGGCCAGCACUGCUGCUAUUUCACUGUAGAAAUGUGAAUGGUUCCUGGACUUCAUUACAGAUGGACACCGCUAAUCUUAGAUACCUUCCAGCAGACUCCUGCAGAUGCUUCAACAUGUAAGUGCCAACCUAGCAUUGUCUGCAGAUAGUAUUUUGUUUUAGACUCUACUGUGUGUAUUCCUGGCUUCUUCAGUAGGAAAUUCCCUUUCUGUAUAUGAUAUCCAUGGAACUAUUUGGGAAUUUGAAGCCACAAGAUGUUGCAAGGUGAAAGUAGCUUGUGGAUGUAUUUAAGGAAAAAGAAGAACCAUUAGACUGUUUUCCCCCCAGUGCUGUUACUGCAUUCCCAGACAGCAUUUAGUACUAUUAUCUUCUGUGCUGUACACAUGGCUCUUCUUGUCAAACUAUAAAGAAGUCUUAAUAAAAAGAUCUGGGAACUGAAUUACAACUUUGGGUAUUUUUCUGUUGCCUUAUUAAAAAUAACUUGUUUGAUGAACCACCACAACUAGGAUAAGGUUUCACUGGAUUGUCAUGACAGUGAUAUUGUUCUUGAUUAUCUACACAAGACCCUUUGCAUCCAUAUCAUAGCCUCUCACACUCUCCAGGAGUCCCUGAGGAAUCAAGUCUCAGAAACAGUUUGGCGCAGAAACAGGACACUGGUCUUCUCAAUGUGUUAACUGCUCGAUAGCCCCUUUAAUUGAAAGUGUUCGUACGCCACUGUAUGUUAGCUCUUUCUGAAAUAGCCAACAAAAGUUAGGCUUUCAGACAAGAUUCUCAAAAAUGAGACCCUCAGUAUGAACAGCUCCAGUGGGACUGCCAUAAGUCACCCAGGAAACAACUGUCCCUUUCCCACUCAGUAAUGCAAAGUAUUUCACUUUGAUCUUCUUCCAGUGUGGCCACUGGCAUUAAGUGUCUAUGCCAGGGGGUAAUAGAGAAUUCUGCUUUGGGCAUAGUUUGUAUAUCACACAUUUCCCCAACUAAAAACUUUCAAAAUGCCAUAAUGUGUAUUCUUCCUUCUGUUAGAAUAUGCAGCCUCAUGUUUUGGGUGGAAGUAAGCCCUGUCAAUUACUCUCCUCUCUCAGAAAUGACAUUGUCUGUCUCUUAGGUAUAACAUCUCUGAUAAAUCUCUGAACAAGAUAUCUCCACUUUUUUAAAAAAAUAAUAACAAUAGUUGCAUAGGUUUUGGGGGACUUAGCCUAAUCCUUCCCACUCUGGCAAUUUUCUUUCAGAAGCUACAAUUUCUUUAAGGGUAGGGGACAGGUAGCAUAAAGUUAUCUGCAGAUUUUCCCUAUUAGAUCAUGAAGCGGUGAGGAAUUAUUUUAACCAGAAAAACAGCUUGGUAUGGAAAAAUUAAUCUUUGGUUGCUCUGUCUACAAUUAAUAUAAAAAAACCAAAAGUCUAGAUGCACAGUGCAGGGAUCUUCCAAAUUACAUCUAAUUUAGUCCAUCUAAAGAUAUAUAAUCUUCAGUUUACAUAGUUGGCAAUAGUAAUAAUAAUAAAUUUAUAUUUUUUACAAGAAACUUAAAGAACUAUCAAUGCCUCUACUGUUAUCCACAAGGCCAUUGGGAAGAAAAUAUUAAGCACAUUCCUUAACCAAAGAUCACACAGUAUUUAUUAAUAUUCAGUUAUAUUUUGUCUUAGCUCAAGGAGAUUAUGGCUUCCCUGCUUCAUUAUUCUCAAAACAGCUGUAACCUUAAAAAGGUAGGUUAGAUUGAGAAACAACUUGCUCCCAAUCUUCAUAUGGGUUUCCUGGGUUUGUGGGGAUUUCUCUGAAUUUCUGGAUCUAAUCAAACAUGUCACAUUGACUUUUUGACCCAUACAGUAGACUUAUUUCCUGUUUUGAAAUCUUCAACAAAAGCUUGCUCUAUAGGUGCUCGGUUUCCUAUUUCAGCCAAUAAGAGUUGCAUUCUAAGAGAUUUGACUCUGUUUGCUUGCAUAACCAGCCUCCAGAUGCCAUUAAGCACACUCAGUUUUCACUUGAUUGUUUUGGAAAAUUUCCUCUCAAUUUUUAUUCUUAAAAAUGUGUUAUUAUUCUGAAAAACUUGCAACACUGCCAAUGUGGUGGAUAUCCUGUUUGGCUGCAAAAGCAAGACCACACACACACACACACACACACACACACACACACACACACACCUACCUUUAAAGUCUGGUAGAGAAAGGGAGUCCCCUCUAAGAAAUAAAUAUUGACUUUAAAUGUAGACGUAUAAACAUCGUUUCCAUUAGAUGGGUUCACUGCGAUUUCCAUUGACUAGAAUAAUCAUAUAGUGAGUUACGAGAGACAUAUAUGAGACAUAUAUUUGGUCCAGUGAUUAAAAUACCAAGAUAGAAACCAGGAGAUUGUGAGUUCUAGUCCUGCAUGAAAGCUGGCUGGGUGACUUUGGGUCAGCCACUCUCUCUCAGACCAACCCACCUCAACAGAGUAAUUGUUAUAGGGAAAAUAGUAGGAGAAAGGAAUGUUAGAUCUGUUUGUGACCUUAAGUUAUUUAUAAAAAUAAUAAAGGUGGAAUAUUAAUGUCUGUAAAUCCUUACAGAAUAUACACAAAAUAAAUAUGAAAGUUGGGAAAAAAUAUUCCUUUGUGGAUCAGGGAGAAGAUUCUAUUGCUCUCUGUCAAAACAAAAGUGAAAUGAAAUGUUUUUAAAGGAUUUAAAUAUUUAAAACUGAGUCCCUCCCAGCCUGUUGAACCCAUCAUUCCAAGCCAUCAUGACAAUUGAUGGGAGCUAUAGUCCAACACUGCUGGAGAGUACCAGAUUGAGGAAAGCUAAUUUAGUGAAAUACCAGGUUUCAGCUCUUCAUCAAAAGCAACAAAACCAAGCUGCACUGCCAGCUGCAUGUUGCAGCAUCCGUACAUUAUUAUUAGAGCAGUUUAUAUACCUUCCAAAACUACUAUAUCAUACUGUUUGCCAAGCAGGAGGUCCUUUUACAUAAUAACAUGAACCCAAAUUGCUAAGUAAGAUGAUUGCUUGUUUGCAUGUGUGUUAAAUGCAGAGUCAUCCAAGCAAAUGGGAUUGAACCACUGGGGAGCAUUGCCUUUUCAACUCCCCACUCAACUGGUUUUUAUAUUAUGAUCUGAGAGAUGUACAUUCCGUGGCAGGCAUUAUUUUCCCUAUAGCCUCCUCCAGUCCUGGCUGCUACCAUUGAAAAUGUUUUGAGGGACACUGCUGUUCCUCAGUCUGCUUCAGUUAUGCUUGGUAGCCUGGCUGAAGAGAACUCUAUGGAAAAGGAAACUCUAUGGGGAAGGAUAAUUGAGCUACAGAUGGGAUAAAGGAGAAUUGUUAGCUUCACAAGAGUCCAAUGUGAGAUGGUGCAUCUUCUAGAGUGCCAAUUUUUUACUAAGAGAGCAAUAUAAACCUUCUAUUUCAGGGGUGUCAAACUCAAGGCCUGUGGGCUGGAUCUGGCCCAUGGGGUGCUUAGACCUGGCACAUAGGGCCACCUUGGAAACAGCGAGGGACUGGCCUGCAGUCCGCUGGCAGCAAAAACAGAGCUCCAUUUCCACUGGCAGAGGGUUGCAGGAGGCAUUUGCAGCUGAAAGUGGACAUUAGGAGCCCAUUUUCGCUGGCAGAGCGCUCAGGCCACCACAGGUGCCCCUGACAUGAGUAAAAUCAAGUUGGCCACGCC